AUGGGCUCCUCUACAUCAGCGCCCACCCCCGUCGGCGACAUCGACGCCCUCAUCACCCAGCUGCAGGCCAUCAUCGCCGACCCUUCAGGCUGCACCACGGGCCUCGACGACACCACGCGACAGCGACUCAAGCAGCUGACGCGCGCCGCCUCGGUCGCUCUCGAAGAGCCCUUUGAGACGGUCCAGCGGCUUGUCUAUUCCCUCGGCGCCGCGACCGGCCUGCCGCCGGCCGUGCUCGCGUCCGUCGUGGACUAUCUCGGCGCGCAGGGCCUGCUUCUGAGCGAGCCGGGGGAGGCGGCGCGCGCGACCGGGCUGACGCGGCUGAUGCUGGCGCCGCUCUUCCAAGACGCCGUGACGCACUUCCACGACAACUGUCUCCCCGCCUUUGCUGCCCUCGACACCGUGCUCUCGGCGCCCGCCGGGGGAGAGCGCCUCAACGCCUUCCAGGUCGGCCAGCACUCGUCGCAAGACUUUUACACAUGGCUCGAGACGCGGCCUGUGCAGCACGGCGCCUUUCACCGCUUCAUGGAGGCGCAGUUUGCCAGCCUGCCGACGUGGCUCGACGCCGUGGAUGUCGCCGCCGUUAUGCGCCCCGGCGAGCCCGACCAGGUCGCGUUUGUCGACGUCGGCGGCGGCAACGGCCAGCAGAUUGCGGCGCUCAAGGCGAGGAUCCCGGACCUUCAAGGGAGGGUCGUCUUGCAGGACCGGCCCGAGGUGCUGGACAGGGCGCUCGAGAUCGAGGGUAUGGAGAAGAUGAGUUAUGAUUACCUGACGGAGCAGCCUAUCAAGGAACCUGACUGGCAGACAGACGCCCGCGUCUACUACUUUCGCCAAAUCAUGCACAAUAAUGACGACGUCACCUGCGUCCGCAUCCUAGCGUCGCAGCGGCUCGCCAUGAGCGCUGACAGCAUCGUCAUCAUCGACGACAAGUGCCUGUCCGACGAUAAGCCCCCGCAAGACGGUCCUGGCGUCGAGUACACGGCCGCGCUGAGCAUCGCCAUGGAGGCCAUGUUCAACGCCCAGGAGCGCCGCGAGGCGCACUGGCGGGCGCUGCUGCCCCGUGCGGGGUUGGUCGUCAAGGACAUUCGCCGGUUUACCAAGUUUGAAGAUGCCGUCAUCAUCGCGGCCAAGCAGUAG